UAAACAAAUUUUAAUGCUACCUUAAUCCUGUAAGGGAGCAAAGCGAAGAAAACAUGGCUGUUUGAAGUGGGACAGGGAAUCCUGUAGCAAUUUUGCUCUGUUGGGAGGCAAUUAAGGUGUCCGGGAGUUGGCGUGAAAUGUCGCGCUUUUAGUGGCGUGAAGAGAAAAGCAAUGCUUUAGGAUUUCCGCUUUCGCAGAAGCCGGCUGUCUGUUUCCAAUCCAUUCAUUUGAACAAAGCACCUAUUUCACAUUCUUCAACGACAAGUUAUUGGCGAAAAUAACCCUCAUUGUUCAGCUCUUUUUCGUUGAUAAUUGGAAGGUUUUGCACGCGUUUCUCGUAAAGUCAGAAAGGAAGGAGUCCUAAAAGCUGGUUUAAUGGACGAUGCUGUACUGCAACGCGUAGUGCAGCAGCACGGGGUGGAAGUGUUAUCUCAGCAUAAUGACCGCUCUCUUCUUCAGUCUCUGCCUCUACACGCCUCAUUUGAUCAUGGCUAUUUUCUCUUGGUGAAAGCCAUUCAAGAGCUCAGGGACAAGAAGGGAAGCAUAGUCACCGUGGGCAUAGGUGGCCCUAGUGGCUCUGGAAAAUCAAGCCUUGCAGCAAAGGUGGCUUCUAUGUUUGGGGGUAUUGUGAUUCCAAUGGAGAAUUAUCGUGAUGGAGUUGAUGAUGCUAAUGAUUUCGAAUCAAUGGAUUUCAAUGUUAUAGUUCAAAAUCUGGAGGAGUUGUUGAAGGGUCAUGACAUUAUGAUGCCAGAAUUUGAUUUUCAACAAAAGAAACGAGUUGGCUUCAAGUCAGUGAAGACAUCGGAGACUAAUUUGGUUAUAGUUGAUGGUCCAUAUGCUUUACAUUCAAAAUUGCGAUCUUUUCUAGACAUUCGUGUAGCAGUGGUGGGUGGUGUUCACUUUAGCUUGCUUUCAAAGGUUCGUCACGAUAUUGGAGAAUCUUGUUCUUUGGACUAUCUUAUUGAUAGCAUAUUUCCAUUGUUUCGCAAGCACAUUGAACCUGAUCUACAUCAUGCUCAGAUAAGAAUUAACAACAGUUUUGUUUCAUCCUUUCGAGAACCAUAUUACAAAUUGAAAUGUGAAAGACAGUAUCCACAAAUGCUGGAUGGAUCUCUUUUUGAAUCAAAUGAUGCUCAAAUUGAAUAUUCUAUUGAAAUGUACCUCCGGCCACCUUUUGCUGAUGAGACAGCUAAGAUAAGUGAUUGGAUUAAAGUACGGCAGUGUGGAAUCAAAUACUACCUCUCUUUGGGUGACCAACGGAUUGUUGACAAGAAUUUCAUUAUAAGACCAAAAGUUGAGUUUGAGGUUGGCAAGACAACCCUUGGAGGACUAUUGGCAUUAGGUUACCAAGUUGUUGCGAGCUUCAAACGUGAAUCAACAACAAUUGAUAAUGGGAAAGUGUUAAUCUCUCUAGAAAGUAUUGAUAAUCUUGGUCAGACGUUUAUUGUGGUGAAGGGUACCAAUCGUAAGGUUCUUGGAGCGGAAGUAUCUGCAAUGGGUUUGAGAGGGCCAUGGAUUACUAAAUCUUAUCUUGAAAUGAUUAUGGAAAGCAAAGGCGUUCCACGUUUAAGUACACCUCCACUUCCAUCAUCAAUCGCAGGGAGCUCGUCUGCAGUCUCUGUGAGUGCUCCAGAAAAGGUCAUCAUUUCUCCUCAGCCUAUUCGAUUAAGGCCAAUAGCUUCUCAUAAGAUCUCAGACAUGGCAGAGCCUUGGACCAGAUCUCCAACAAAAUCUGAGAUGGAUCCUGUGGUUGCAUCAUGGCAUGUUGCUACUGCAUUAGGGGCCGUGGAAUAUUCAGAAAAAGAGUUUGCAGAUUCUUCUGCUUUCAGGGAUGCUAUCCAGCUGGUACCCAUGCCUGAUUCAUAUGACUUGGACAGGGGAUUACUUCUUGGUGUGCAAGCAGUUCAGACCUUACUUGAUGCCAAGGGCCUUCCUGUGAUUGUAGGCAUCGGAGGACCAAGUGGAUCAGGCAAAACAAGUUUGGCUCAUAAGAUGGCAAACAUUGUUGGUUGUGAGGUGAUUUCCCUUGAGAGUUAUUAUAAAACAGAUCAAAUCAAGGAUUUCAAGUUUGAUGACUUUAGCUCCCUCGAUUUAUCUCUUCUUCUGAAGAAUAUACAAGAUAUAAGAACUCGGCGGACUGCCAGAAUUCCUUUGUUUGAUUUUGAGAAAUGCAUGCGCAGUGGCUUUAGGAACCUCGAAGUUUCAGAGGACUGUGGCGUGGUUAUAUUUGAAGGUGUUUAUGCUUUACACCCAGACAUUCGAGCUUAUCUUGACAUCUGGAUAGCUGUUAUAGGCGGAGUUCAUUCACAUCUUCUUGCAAGAGUGCAAAGAGACAUGAACAGGAUUUACCGCCCCAUUUCACAGAAUGAGAUCAUGACAACUGUUUUUCCAAUGUUUCAACAAUUCAUAGAGCCUCAUCUUGUGCAUGCACAUCUAAAAAUUCGCAAUGAUUUCGAUCCAGUACAUUCACCAGAGAGCUCACUAUUUGUUUUAAAAAGUAACAAAAAGGUUCCACCUGUAGAAAUAAUAAAGGUUCUUGGCAAAGAAAAGAUGAGCAGCACUGUCCAGAAUUUUACUGAUAUUUAUCUACGCUUACCAAAUUUACCUUCAAAUGGGCAGCUUACAGAAAGUGAUUGUAUACGUGUCAGAAUCUGUGAAGGAAGGUUUGCAUUAUUGAUACGAGAGCAGCCAAUCAGAGAAGGGAAUUUUAUUGUACAGCCAAAGGUGGAUUUCGACAUUAGUGUUAGAACUGUGGCCGGUCUUCUAAAUCUCGGGUAUCAGGCUGUCGCAUAUAUUGAAGCAACUGCAACAAUAUACCAAGAUGAUAAGGUUAUUUCCCAUUACACUGCAAAUACUCUUCUUCUCAUGCUUCUCAUUGAGCUUGAUCAUUUACAAGAUUCACCAAGUCCAUAUAUGCAGAUUAAAGGUUCAAACAAAGAAGCUGUGGCAGCUGCUGGAUUGGCACUAAAUCUGGAGGGCACUUAUACAACAAAGACUUAUCUUCAGAUCAUCUUAGAAAACAUGCCAGCAUUUGGGAGAAGUUUUAGUGGAAUGCAUGAUCAGCAAGCUGCACGAUUACAGGAGCUAGUAGAUUAUGUGCAGUCUCAGGGUGGGAGUUCUGGAUCAGAACCUCCAGCGAGCCCAGGGCUAUCCAUGGAGUGCAUCAUUGAGGAGCUUCAGUCACGAAUAAAAAGGCUUGAACGAUGGCAUAUGUUCAAUACAGUGUGGAUUUAGGGGCAUACAAGGAAGGAGGUGGAGAUAAUUUUUCUUUACAGGAUGAGAGUGAAGUGACAGGAAGAGAGCCAUAGCCAGUCUUUGAAGAAAUCACAUGAAAUAUAGUACACAGCUUCAUAAUUAAAUACAAUGGCAUACAAAAGUACUAAACUUGUUUUGAUUUGUUGUUCAACCCAAAGCAUUCUUUAGUGAGUUGCCAGGAAGACUUAUUCAAAGCAAUGAAACCCCAAAUGUUGCCAAACUGACAAACCCCCUUUUUAAACAGAUAAUAAGCUUGUUUGGGAACACUAAUGGCAAGAGACUGCCCUUGAUAUUGAAUGUGUUUAUACCACCAAAUGGAAGGAGAGGCAAAACUGAAGCCAUGUUGUAAUGAAAAUUUCCUUCCACUCUAAGAAGUGGCAAACAUUUUGCCAUGCCUUCUAAAUGAAUUGUAAACAAAGAGAAGCUUUAAUCUAGAAGAAAGGAGCAAAUAGAAUCUUAUCCAACCAAUUCACGAGUUGCCAUUUCCCUUUGACAAAAGCUGAAUUGUCACACCAAAAAUUUCCAAAGGGUCCUCCCCUAUAACAGCUCUAACAAUUCAAUUAGAACAAGAAAUAACCCUUGUGUCUUGGGGUCUAAAAUUCUCAAGCAUCCUUUAAUCGCAAGUGAAUGCAAUGAGACCAAGACAUAGCUUUAAAAACAAAACUACUAUCCCAUUUGAUCCAAAGAAGGUGUCAAAUUAGUUUGUUGAAGUCUUCAUAACCUUUAUUAGAGGACAUCCAAUAAGAUGGGUAGUGCAUGUGCGGGGAGAUAUAUUCUAUUUGCAACUUGAAUUUUUCCUGCUUAAGAAAUUUGUUGCCCCACUUCCACAUCUCAGAAGGAGAAACUCCAAGACCAAACGGUGUGCCAAGAUAUUUGGUUAUCUCUCCAUUUUUAAUUUGUUUCUAGGCUUUGAUAGUCCAUUGUGAGAUGGGACCAAUUUGAAACAGCAGAAAUUCGGUUUUAUUGUGAGCUAAUCCUUAUACUGUUAUUCUAAU